GUCUAUUGUAGUGAUUGUAGAGAUGGGUCUCAACACUAAUCACGUCAUAUAUUAUGUGGUCAUUGAUGAAGACGUGUAUCAAAUAAAUAUAUCAUAUGUUUGUUUGGGUAUCACUUGACUGUCAUAAAUGGAUCAAUUGGUUGAUAUCCGCACUCUGUCCACACUCGACGAUGUCAUCAAAGCAUACGACCGAUUGUGUGCUGAAGAGACUGAUGUCAAUAAACAGAUCAAUGAUUUGCUGUCAGACGACAAACAGUUGGAGUCAUCGAUGGCUCGACUUCGCAAAGAUAUGCCAAAUAUGUCUUUGAUUGAGAGCGACGCCAAACAGUUGUCAUCACUCAUACAAUUUACGUCAUCGUUGGCCGAUAGUGUCUCGUAUAAAGUGCGACGACUGGAUUUGGCCAAAACACGAGUGACUCAAUGUCUUCAGCGCAUUGAAGACAUAUUGGAUCUUAAGUUUUGUACGGAUGGCAUACAGAAAGCUUUGUCCACCGAAAACUACGAACAGGCGGCCGCACACAUACAUCGGUUCUUGUCUAUGGAUGAAUCGAUUCUUAGAAAGUCUGCCGAAACUCAAGAACUGUCCGCAAGUUCGCUGACUAACAAUGAAAUGAAUGCCUCUUCAAUGGAUGAAGCAUUUCAACGAUUACAUGAAGCAGAGGUCAAACUGAAGAAUAUUGUGAUGAAGAGGUUUGACGAAGCCGUUAGUGAUGAUGACGUGGCUUCAGUCGAGCGCUUCUUUAAAAUAUUUCCACUUUUGAAUCAACACUCUGAAGGUCUUAAAAAGUUUUCCAACUAUUUGUGUACUAAAGUCAAUGAAAAAUGUCUGAACAAAAACAAUUCAAAUCAAUCUUCAGCCACACAUUCAGACAAAUUAACGCAAUUAUAUGAAUGCAUUGCUAAGACUAUAGACAUUCACCAACCGCUGGUUGAGACCUAUUACGGACCGGGAAAGUUGGUCACAGUUGUAGAUAUCUUACAAAAAGAAUGCGAUCGCGUCAGCAAAAGAAUUAUUGAUGAUUUUAAGGUUAAGAAAAAUUUACCACAAGUUAUCACUUUAGUGACCAAAUCAUUGAAAGCCAGUUCUAGUUAUCAAACGUCAACUAAAGUGGAUCCCAGAGAUUUGGAUCAACUGUUGUCUGAUAUUAUAAUACUUAAUAAUAGAAGCGAAAUGUAUUUGCGAUUUAUAACAAAGCGGUCCAAAAGUGAUAUUGAAGUAGCUUUUCCUGAGACAAGUGUCAAACCUGAUGACCAAAAUGAAAGGCGGGAACGACUUCAGCAAAUGGAUUCAAUCUUAAGAAACUGUGAUUUAAGUCAUUCAAUACAUGAAUUGAAUGGUAUUUAUGUUUUGAUAGAAGAAUAUUUCAUUAGAGAGUCGACUCUUAAAGCUAUUCAAUUGGAUUGCGUGGAAACGUCCGGUGCUCUCACUUCUAGUAUGUUAGACGAUGUCUUCUUUAUUAUCAAGAAGUGUAUUAAGAGAGCUCUAUCGGGUGGAAGUGUUGAUGUUGUUUGUGCUGUUAUUAACCAUUCUGUUUCAAUAUUGGAAACAUCUUUUUGCGAUUCUAUGAAUGAGAGGUUAAGGUAUGGAUACCCGAGCACUAUAUCUGGUGCCGCAGCAGCACUUGACUUGAGUCAGGCCUAUAAUGCACUUCAGGCCGGAAGAUAUCUACAAACGUCCAGUGAUGUGGAGAACGCAAAGACAUUGUUCUUGAGCUCAUUAAAUAAUUUGGACACCGCUUGUGAAUACGUCAAAACACUUAAGACUACGAUUUCAGAAGACGUCAAGAAAUCGACAAUCGCUGAGAAACAUCAAAACGAAAAGCUUGAGAGCUGUUUAUCAGAUAUGGUAGCUCUAAGCGGACGAUUCAAUUCAAUUAUAACAUCCGGUUUGGGACAACUGUGUUCAUCAGUGUUGAAACCAAGAAUUAAGAUAUGGAUCGACGCUUUCAUCUCUUAUAAUCAUAUUCUCAGUGAAGAAGAGUUGAUUGGUUUUGAGACAACAGAUGGUUUGCGACCUUUUAUGCAAACAUUUAUUAUAAGUCUCAACACUUUUGUUAAAUCAUUUAAAGAUAGUUUGACUCAAAACAAUAGCGACACUCUUCUCAGUCUUUUCUCUACAGAAUUGAUUCAAAGAUUGAGUGAUGCGGUUCUCAAAUGUUCUUAUAAUAAGUUGGGAGGCUUUCAAUUUGAUCGUGAAUUGCGGGCAAUAAUAAACUAUUUGACCGGUGCCACCACGUGGUCAAUACGCGAUAAAUUUUCAAAACUUAAACACAUUUCUAUAAUUUUAAAUUUGGAAAAUGUCGAAGAAAUCAAUGAAUAUUUAAAUCCGAGUUCAAGUGAUUCUGGUUUAUCAACUCCUUGGAGGUUAACUCCAAACGAAGUCAAACAAGCGCUUAGAUUAAGACAUGACUUUAAUUCAUUAGAUAUUAAAAAGUUAAACCUAUAAACAACUUAUUUUUGAAUUUAUAUAUAUAUAAAUUA